AUGAGAUCAAGUUCAACUGUGUUAGUACCAUGAUGGAAGAUCUUGCUAAUCAGAUCCGAUCAUGGUGGCCCAGCGAGAUCGACGGUCUGAAAAUGUCACUUGCAUUUUCCUUUGCACUUUGUAUAAUUUCGUGGGUGAUGGUGAAGAGAUCACGCAAUGGGGCACCUCCUUUGCCGCCGGGCCCACGAGGUCUACCGUUGAUCGGCAGCCUCCCAUUCGUGGAGCCCGAUCUACACCGUUACUUCGCCAAAUUAGCCAGGAUCUAUGGCCCAGUCAUGAAGAUACAACUAGGUAGAAAGAUCUGUGUGGUAUUGAGCUCGCCUGAAGUAGCUAAGGAGGUCCUCAAGGACCACGAUGCCAUCUUCGCCGACCGCGACAGCUCAGCAGCGGCCAUAGCUUUGAUGUACGGUGGGAUAGACAUCGCGUUUAGUCCCUACGGUCCGGAUUGGCGGAUGAUGCGCAAGGUGUGCUCAAGAGAGAUGAUGAGCCCCAAGGUGCUGGACUCGUACUAUUGCCUGCGUAGACGCGAGGUGCACGAGACGCUGCGCUACGUGCGCACCAAAGCGGGGACGCCGGUCAACAUAAGCGACAUGGCGUUUGGUGCAUCGCUGAAUGUAGUGACGAGCAUGAUAUGGGGUGACACGCUCGAUGCGGAGGACAGACGUAGUGUGGGCCACGAGUUUCGACGUGUGGCUGGUGAGGCCGUAGAUUUAUUGGGUAGCCCUAACGUCUCGGAUCUUUUUCCUAUCAUAUCAAGGUUUGAUUUACAAGGCGUGGUGGGCCGCAUGAAGAGGGUUUCAUCGUGGUUGGACCGGAUCUUUGAUUCGGUCAUAGAUCAACGGCUGAAAAUGGAUAGAGGGGAAGGAGAAGGAGAGGGAAAAAGCAAAGAUUUUUUGCAGUUGGUUUUGCAGCUUCAGAAAGAAGGAGGCGCGAAAACGCCCAUGACUCCCAACCACGUCAAGGCUAUGUUUGUGGACUUGGUGGUAGGUGGCACGGACACGUCAGCAACAACAAUAGAGUGGGCCAUGGCUGAGAUGAUGCAUAAUCCAGAAAUCAUGAAAAAAGCCCAAGAUGAAUUAGAACAAGUUGUGGGAAUGGAUCACAUGGUAGAAGAAUCACAUGUGCCCAAACUCCACUACUUAGACGCGAUCCUCAAGGAAGCCCUACGUUUACACCCACCGGUCGUGUUCUUAGUUCCAAGGUCCCCAAGAAAACCAUGCACCAUAGGUGGUUAUACCAUCCCAAUGGGUUCCCGGGUCUUUAUUAACACAUGGACCAUACAUAGAAACCCUGAGGGUUGGGAUAACCCUUUGGAAUUUUGUCCUGAGAGAUUCUAUAAUUCUACAAGCAAAUGGGAUUACAAUGGCAAUGAUGUUCGUUAUAUUCCGUUUGGGUCUGGAAGGAGGAUGUGUGCUGGAGUCCCCCUGGCAGAGCGGAUGCUAACUUACGUUUUGGCUUCGCUUUUGCACUCGUUCGAUUGGCGAUUGGCAGAGGGGAUGAAGCUUGAUCUUUCAGAUAAGUUUGGAAUUGUUCUGAAGAAAGCGACACCGCUCGUUGCUAUCCCAACGCCGAGAUUGUCAAAUCCGGAGCUUUACUCUUGAAAAUAAGUUCCUACUCGUGUUUGUUUUUAGAGGUCUGAGUUACCUGUUUGUAAUAAACAUGUAAUUUUUCUGUUUUGCAUUAAGUGUGUACGUGUGGGUCCAUGAUUGAUUUAUCUAAACCAAUGAUUUGAUAGCUCCAUCAAAUCAUGAACAUGGAUUUUCAUCCUGAUUACAGAGAAGUUCACCGACAAUUCAUAUUCAAUGGAGAAAAGACCAAAGAUCCAAUGGCUACAAUCUUCAAAUCUGAGAAAUAUUUUGGGCAUGGUCCUACAUGUAUAAGCUUUGAACACAAAAGGAAACUCAAACUCAUUGCCUUAUUAUUGUGCUAUUGUCUGCUGGGUUUUGUUCUAUAAUUAUAUGUAAAUAGGAUUGAAGACUUGUUUUUAUAAGGGUGCUUGUGAUGUUUACUCAGCUCUUUCACUAUAAAAUAUAUGGCACCUUCUCUCA